CGUACCAUUUGACUCUAAACAAUACUAUAAGCUUUAACACACAGCGGACCAUCACAAAAUACACGUUUUUGUGGAGUAAAAUCGAAAGAUUUGUGGGUCGUCAUGAAGGCGUCGGAUGUAUUCCUCGUCGUCUGCUUCUUGUGUGGUCUCUGUUGUCUUGGAGGGGCUUCUGAGGCGGAGAAUACCCUGAUGAAGCAGGUCUUUACGGGGUACAACCUCAAGGUGCGGCCAGCAGAGCGACCGGAUCAGAAGGUGGUGGUUCGGAUCGGCAUGGUUCUAGGAUCAUUCGUUGCCUUGAACAUGAAAGAUGAGGAGAUGAACACAAUUGUCAUCAUGAACUUGGAGUGGACCGAUCAUCGGUUACGUUGGGAACCCAAGGAGUUUGAGAAUAUUAAAGUGUUGAGAGUAGCCUCUGCAAAAGUAUGGCUCCCUGAUGUGGUCCUCAUCAACAAUAAUGACGGAGUGUUUGAUGUUGCCCUCCAAGUCCACGUUCAGGUCUACAGUAAUGGCAGAGUUACCUGGACACCUCCUGCUCUCUACCGCAGCUCCUGUGGAGUAAAGGUGACCUAUUUUCCGUUUGACUGGCAGAACUGCACCAUGGUGUUCCGCUCGUACACAUACGACUCGUCCGAGGUGGACCUGCAGUAUGCGCUGGACGAGAGAGGCAAGGAGAUCAAAGAGAUCGUCUUCGACCACGCCUUCAGCGAGAGCAGCGAGUGGUACAUCCGGCACACGCCGGCGCGUAAGAACGUGGGCCGGGACAACUACGAGGACAUCACCUUCUACCUGAUCAUCGAGCGCAAGCCCAUGUUCUACGUGGUCAACAUCGUGCUGCCCUGCAUCCUCAUCACCAUCAUCGCCAUCUUCAACUUCUACCUGCCGCCCGAUGCAGGAGAGAAGAUGGGACUGUCCAUUAACGUUCUGCUGACCCUGACUGUGUUCCUGCUUCUGUUGGCCGACAAAGUCCCGGAGACGUCGCUGGGCGUCCCCAUCAUCGUCAACUACCUGGUGUUCACCAUGAUCCUCGUCACCUUCGCCGUCAUCCUCAGCGUGGUGGUGCUCAACCUCCAUCACCGCUCGCCAAACACACACCAGAUGCCCAUGUGGGUGCGGAGGAUCUUCAUCCACUUGCUCCCUCCCUACCUGGGCAUGUUACGGCCCAAAGUGGAGACCCCACUGUCGCUGGAGAAGCCGCCCAAAAAGGAGAUUUUUUCGAGCCUCAGCCACCAUGCAGAUGAGUACUUCAUCCGCAAACCCACCAACGCUUCCAUCUUCCCCAAGCCCAACAGGUUCCAGUCAGAGGGCAUGUGCACCGACUUGAGGAAGUUCAUCGAUGGCCCCAGCCAUUACCUCACGCUGCCCCCCGACCUCAAGUCUGCCAUCAGCGCCAUCACCUACAUCGCCGAACAGCUGCAGGCGGAGAAGGACUAUGAAGCGCUGAAGGAAGAUUGGCAGUACGUUGCCAUGGUAGUGGACCGCCUCUUCCUGUGGAUCUUUGUCGUUUUCACCACUGUGGGCACGCUGGCCAUCUUUGCUGAUGCCAGUUUCAAUGCCACGCCCAGUGACCCCUUCGGUGGCCAAUACAAUGCCUAGCCUCGCCUCUCUUCCUGCCCAGCAGCCAAUGAGUUCAUCGGCAAUGCGUCAGAAGUUCCGCCCCAAAAUCUGAUAGACAGUCCAUAGCAUGUUUCUAUUUUAAGUUACAAUGCUGUCAAGAUCUUUCAUAAAUACAUCAGGCACAGGCUUGGGAUGCCUUUGAUGUACACACACAUACACCUGCAAGUUCAUAUAUGCAUCCAUCAUCUACAGACUUAUGAUGUCUUUAAUAGCCUACACACACGCACGUACACACACACACACACACACACACACAUACAUACAUAGACAGACAGACAGACUCACUCUCACAUACAAUCAUUAAACACUGGCCUUGGAUGCCUUGGAUCCUCUCUCUCUCUCUCUCUCUCUCUCUCACACACACACACACACACACACACACACACACACACACACACACACAAAGAGAGAUAAACAGACAGACACACAUACACAGACAGACACAUGUACAGUGCACACAAACUGAUUGAUACAAAAAAGUACACAUCCAUAUAUGACAGUUUCGAAAUAUACACGUAUGACAUUGCUUGUAGUGUAGAUGAGUAUUUGGUGAAAUACACCAAUACGCAGACUACACCAUCGCUGUGUUAAAGUAUACUCUUUGGCAGGUGCAAUAAGAGUGCAGUGGUAGGAAAACCAAAACUAGUGUAAGAAUUUGUCCUCAGUCAAGUAAUUGGAGAAGCCUUUUCUAAUAUUUACUGUAUGUGACUAACUUUUGAUGUAUGUUUGUCCUAUGACAGAAAAAUGGGUUGCUUUCAUGAAUAAAGUUAGUUUGUGUGUGA